GGGCCUUCGUGAAGUGAAACAUGCAGUGCUGUUGGCUCUUGAAAGAGCUACGAAGUCUGUGAGAAGUUUUCUAGCUUGUUUGGGAGGAGACCCAGACGUGCUGAGGCGCGAGGCUGCCCUUGGAUCUGCGGCGCAGUGGGAGAGAGCGGCGGGGGAGUGUGAGAGAGCGGCGGGUGAGCUGGGAGCAGACUCGGUACGUGGCUCUGCAAGGCCUGAUGGUGCAGCUGCUGGAAACAAAAUCUGCCAGUUUAAACUCGUUCUCUUGGGAGAGUCGGCGGUGGGGAAGUCCAGCCUGGUUCUGCGCUUCGUGAAGGGGCAGUUCCACGAGUACCAGGAGAGCACGAUUGGAGCUGCCUUCCUCACGCAGACGGUCUGUCUGGAUGACACAACGGUGAAGUUUGAAAUCUGGGACACGGCAGGGCAGGAGCGGUAUCACAGCCUGGCGCCCAUGUACUACCGAGGUGCCCAGGCAGCCAUCGUCGUCUACGACAUCACUAACACAGACACUUUUGUACGAGCCAAGAACUGGGUGAAAGAGUUGCAGAGGCAGGCUAGCCCCAAUAUCGUAAUUGCACUAGCAGGAAACAAGGCAGACCUUGCUACCAAGAGAGCUGUGGACUUCCAGGAUGCACAAACAUACGCAGAUGACAACAGCUUGCUGUUCAUGGAGACGUCAGCAAAGACAGCGAUGAAUGUGAAUGAAAUCUUCAUGGCAAUAGGUAACAGCUUGUGUGUGGAAGGGUGGCUGGAGUCGCUCUGA